AUGUACGCUCCAUUCGCGGCCCAGGAAGGCAACGGUGGCAUGUUCGACUUUUUCUUCUCUGCCGCUGCCUCCGAAACCCUGUGCGCCAGCAGUGCCGGCAGUAACAGUAACAACACGGGCAUCGGCCACGGCGGCGGCGAAGCUGCCAACGGUUUCAACGCCGCGUCAGCAGGACCCCUGGUGGAAAACAACAACAGCAAUGACGACAGAGUUGGUCGACUGAACUUUGAUUUUGCCUCCUUUUUUUUCCAAGGUGGGCAGAGCGGCGCCUACGACGACAGCGGACUUGAUGCAGCUGGACGUGGCGACGACGGGAGUGGCGCCGAUGCGAGACGCUCGGAGCACUACAUUCAGCGUGGCAGCGCUGACGCGGCGGACAGCACUGGCAAGGGCGUCCUGCCAGCACUGGGCUUCUUUUUUCCAGAGGAUCAAGUAGCCCCGGCAGCAGCCGGCGGCUCUCUCAUUCUGCCCCCGACCUCAUGGUGCGUCGAGUCGGCUGCUGGCGCCGACAACAGAUAUUCACCGCCGCAGGUGCAACCGCAGAAUCCAGCAGCAGUCAGGGAAACUGCGGCCAGCCUCAAAGGGGAUGAAGCGGCUCACACCGUUGCUCCACCCGGGGCGGCGCUGACGGUCCUGAAGUCUGACCCGACGCACAUUGCCCCCGUCGAUCAAACGCUCGUGCAGAGAUUGCCGUGUGAGCACGCCUCCUCAUCUGCGAUGGAUCAUGAGUGCUCAUUGGCCGCAGCGCUUGCUGCAGCACCAUCUUCGUUGGGCCUGCUCUCCGACGAGGAGUCUCAGCGCACGACGGUGCCGCUCUCGCGCACCAGCGACGCUGAAGAGGCGAAAUGCGACGAAACGCCAACUAGGCUGGUUGCGGGCAACUCUUGCCCAGAGCCGGAAGCGCGCGAUAGUAGCGUUGCAGAAGGCGUGGCCGAGGAGGAUGCAAUGCCCGCCCCAACUCACAGUCGACAACCCCCACCGCGUGUACCUGUAGUCUCGCUGCCGCGCUCUUCGCAUCCGCCAGGUGCUGCUCCGGCAGGUGCAGUGGUUACUCCGACACCGCCAUCACCCAGACAGCCACCAGCACCCCUGACAGUGUCGACAUCUACGCCGUAUCGCCCAGAGGUCCCCCUGUUGAUCGGGCCAGCUGGCCACGACGCUACUAGCGUGGCUCUGAGCAAAGCUAUCGGAGAGGCUGAGGAAGUGUGGGCACACAGGCUUGACAUGGUGCCGAUUACCUGCCCUGAGCGUCGGGAUGCGGAGAUGGGCAUGUCGUGUUCCGGUUUUACGCCAUCCUCUUCCUCCGACGCGGUCUUCCUUGCAGAGGUGGCGCAGCUGCAGCAGCAGACAGCACGGCUGACGGAGGAGUCUGCCCGAUCCGUCACCUCUCUUCAAGUUCUGACGAGCGACCUGCUCCGCAUCCUCGGCCCCCACGCGGCGCUCUCGAGUUUCGCGGGAGAGCAGUACGCCGGGACGCCGCUGGUCCAUCUGCCGUGGGCCCUGAUUGCAGUGCUGGAGGGAUUACUGAAUGACGACGCAGAUGCAGAAGAGAAGGCGGAGGGUCAACUGGUGGCACCGCGCCCCUCUAGCGAGGGUGUGGAGAGUGGCAGCAGCGGUGUUCAUGACGCCUGA